CGUCUUAUCUACCGGAAAUGUAGAAGAAGGUGAACUUUUCGGCCUGUCUUGUCGUCUAGUAGUUUGUCUCUAACUUAAAAAAAACAAAAAACUUGUUUACUAACAAACCUCCUGCUAUUUUCAAGUCCUUUUCAAUGAUUGAAGAUGAGUGAGGACGUAUAUGAAGUCCCAGCAAGGACAGAGUACCGGUACCUGGUGCAAGAGGAAGAUGAAGAAGAAGUGCAGUAUGUUCGACACAGACAUUACAUCAGCCCCUUCUUGGUGCUGUCCAGACGUUGCAUUGUCCUCAUCUGCAUUGGUGUGUUCACUCUCCUGGUUCUGGCCACCUACAUGGGCUACCUUGCCCAAACACUCCCACCUGGCCUAGCCCAAGUUACCACUGACUGUGGUGACUAUCGAGGAAGACAUAAAAAUGGCGCCUAUUCCUUUAAAGGCAUUCCAUAUGCUGCUCCACCAGUUGGUAAUCUGCGCUGGGCACCCCCAGCUGACCCGGUGUGUCCGGAUGGAGUCACUGACGCCAGCCGCUUUCGUAGCAUGUGUCCCCAGGUGCGGCCCUUAUCAAUUGAAGGCAAGUUGAUGGGCCAGGAAGACUGCCUCUUCAUCAACGUGUGGACUCCAACACUGCAGGCCAACUCAAAGCUGCCAGUCAUGGUCUGGAUCCAUGGAGGCUACCUGCACAUGUUAAGUGGUGGAGAAGAUGGCUACUCACCAACAGAGAAGCUUGCAGCAGAAACACAGAUGGUGUAUGUGAGCUUUAACUACAGACUCAAUGCAUUUGGCUUCAUGGCACUGGAGAUACUAAGGGAAGGUUCACUCAAAAACACUUCAGGAAACUAUGGCUUCAUGGACCAAAUUGCUGCAUUAAAGUGGGUCCAAAGAAACAUCCAAAGUUUUGGAGGGGAUCCUGAAAAAGUCACCAUCUUUGGGCAGAGUUCAGGUGGCACGUCUGUAUGGACCCUGAUGAUGUCUCCGCUUGCAAAGGGUCUUUUCCAGGCGGCCGUGGAUAUGAGUGGCUCGUACAUCUACAAUUCAACACUGGAACAGGCUGAGUCUACCAAUCUGGUCUUCCUGAAUAACACAGGCUGCAAAGACCUCUUGUGCCUUAGACAACUCCCUGUGAAACAGAUUCUACAGGCGAUCCCAUGGCAGAAGUACCCUUCUUGGGCUGCUGAUGAUCUGGUGGACCUUCCCACCAUAGGGCGCUUCUGUGGCCCUGUUGCAGUGGUGGACGGCUAUGUCCUGCAAGCGUCACCCUUUGAUAUUUGGGGAAAAAAAGGAGCCUAUAAUGAUGUCCCCUUGGUCAUCGGUACAACCGAGCAGGAGGUGGACUUCAGCCCUCAAGCUGAAAACAUCUCCAUGUGGACAUGGGAAGAUUAUAGGUGGUUUGUGACAGAAAAACUGAAGACUUUUAGUGUAAAUCUUCCUAAAGAGGCGUUGGAUCUGUAUCCGUCUUCUGCCCCCUGCCCCACCAAAGACCGAUGUCCUGAGAGAGCAUACACUACAAUGGUUUCGGACUUGAGAGUCACUUGUCCCAAUAAUGAUCUGGCUCAGAGGGCUGCAGUGGCCCUUCAGAGUCCCGUUUAUCGCUAUGUGGUCACACACACACCUUCUGGACCAGUCAACACAUCUGCUGGGCUGAUUCCUUUUAACAGCCGCUUCUCCUUCCACUGCUUGGACAUUGUGGCCUUCUUUGGUGGACUCGACUUCAUUUUGGAGACACCACCCUCUGAUCAGGACAAGCAAUUCCAGGACCUCAUAACAAGACACCUUGUGCACUUCGCCAGAACAGGUAAAAUGGAAGACUCAUGGCCAGAUUAUCCAGCAGCCACAGCACUCUUGUCCAGCAGCCUCGUUGUUGUCAACAACUAUUCGGCUGCUCGUUGUCAGUUAUGGAAGGACAAUGGUCUGUAUAACUACGCCUGGAUAAACUGAUGACAGCAACUGUCACCUGACACCUUGUGACUUUAAAAGGGAAAGGUUUAAAUUUUAACAACCAAUCUUGUUGUUUAAGGGCGUAUUCACAAUCCGUUGAUCGAUUCCCCCUCCCUUGAGGUCCCCUGCCGGCUUUUGUUCAUUGAUAAUUUGUGUUAUAACCCAUUUACUUGUCCCAUUACUUAUAUUCAUUUAUUUUUUUCUGCAGUUUUUAUGACUUGGAAGAUUAUUUACUUAAGUAUUAUGGGUGUCCACUGAGGGUGGCAUAGUGAAAAACUAAAGAAUGCACAGGGCCACUUUACAUGAUUUUUACAUGAAAUUUGCUAAAACCAAUGCAGUGCUCAUCAGUAUAUGCUAAAUGAUUUGAGAAAAAUAACACUAUCUUAGUUUUUGUAUUAUUGGUGACAACGCAAAUAGUUGUUGUAUCUGAAAUAACUCCUUAAUAAUUAAUUAGUUAGAUUUUUAGAGCAGGUCGUGGUCCAAUAAAAAACUUUGGACACCCCUGUCCAAGAUCAAAGUUCCUUGCAUCCUGCCAGAUGUCCUGUCGAGCCGACACUUGUGGCAGGUCUUUCUCACUUGCCUUUUGUUAAAGUUUUUUUGCAGGGGGUGUGUACAUUUUUGAAUAACGUGUUUGCAAGAUUUGAGUUAGUUAGAGCUCUAAAAAAUAUUAGUUAACAUAUUAAUAAUAGUAAACAAAAUUAAUGAGAACCAACAAAUCUAAGGAGGUUCCCUUUGUGACUUGACGUGUAUACCUGUGUUGGAUUGAUUUUAGCAUGUAUAAUAAAUAGAAAAAUGACAUGCGGCCCCACACUAGGUGUCCUGAUCCAAUAUCAGCACAAAAACAACUAUGGGAUUGCAAAUACAUCAGUUAUCGUGGUUAUAUGUGUCGCCAUAAAAACAAUUACCACUCCACUUCAACUUAAAUACAGCAUAAAUCUAUUCUAGACUAUUAAUAAAACAAUAAGUUGGUACUUUUUUAUACCUGCCAUUAAUCUGAGUAAAUUCACUAGAUCAAGCCUUUUCUAACAAGCCAUACUACUAAAUAUUACAAGUAUAUAAGUAAGCAUUACUGCUGAUAGCGUUUCAGAUCAGUAGUGGUAUCAGCCAAUACUCAAUGCGGCAAUAUUGGUAUUGUGUCAGAUGAAGAAGUUGUAUCGAUACAUCUGUUCCCCGCAUCAAUUUUUCUGUGUGACCCCAUUGUGUAAAAGACUUGAACUUCCCCACCUUUUAAAAAAGCACUUGUGAAAGUAAACACAGACACAAUACAUGGGCAUAUGAAAUACCUGCUGAUAUGUAAAACAGUGGAUGAGCUAAAAAUGCUGACACAUGCACUUUACCUUGUAAAAUGGUGAAGUGAAAGCCCUAUUUUUUGUGAACGAACAAUUUUCACUCUGAGAAAUAAAUACUCAUUAUUUUUGGUAGCUAGCAGAAUACUCGUAGCAUCACACUGCAUCGAGUGAAAACCAUAUGAUAAAUGAGGGUUCAUAGCCACUAUUUCAUUUGAUUGGAUCAUGAAGGUAUGCUGAGCUACACACAGCUAAGUGUGAAGCUUCUGGAAUGAGAAUCAGCACGUCAAAAUCUAAGGCCAUAGUUUGCAGCUAGAAAAGGGCGGAUUGCACUCUUUGGGUUGGCGGGAGUUCAAGUCUUUCGGGAUCUUCUUGAAUGAGGGAAGGUUGGAGCAGGCGGAUGGAUGCAGUGUCUGCAAAAAAGCAGGAACUGUAUCAGUAUUGUUCAACAUUUUGAAGUGUCAUCACCUGUCGAUUCCCUUAUUUCUACUCUGCCUGUGCUCAUGAAGCCACUAAGACACUUUUCACUAACUUUUUACUUUUGUCAUAUGAUCUAACCUAAUCUCCUGAUUAAGUUUACUCUUACAAAUAUAUGAAUACCACAUUUUUGUGUUAGCUUUAUUGUACCAAGUAAUGGAAUUACAAAAAAUAUAUAUAUAUAUUAAUUCAUUUGUAUUGGAUUGCAGUAAAUAAGUAUCUGAUCCCAAUACAAAAAGUAGUUUUUAGUUGGUGUAAAUUAAUUACUGUCAACAACAGAGAUCCAUCCGACUUUAUUGUAGUUGUAGUAGUAUAUUGUAGUUUUUUUUAUAGAUGUAGUGCUUUGUAGUUUUUUUUUUGGUUGAAGUAGUGUAUUGUAGUUUUUUAAUAGAUGCAGUAGUGGUUUGUAGUUGUAGUAGUGCAUUGUAGUUUUUUUUAUAGUUGUAGUGGUGUAUUGUAGUUUUUUUUUAGAAUUUGUCUCUCCUUUUGUCUCGUUCAUGGUGGUGAAGCGUUUUGAAUGAAGUGUUGGUGUGACAGGUGUAUUCUGUACACAUAAUGGGUGGAGAUAAGGAGUACUUUCUUAACUUGUGUGUUUCGUGAACACAGUAAUUCAAUACUUAUUUCACUCAAAUGUAAUAUGUACUUCAAUCAAAUAAUAGGCGCCAGCGCCCCCCGCGACCCCGAAAGGGAAUAAGCGGUAGAAAAUGGAUGGAUGGAUGGACUAAUUAUUUUAUAAACUAUUUUUUUAAAUCACCAACUCGGUUGGUAGAGCGGUCUUGCCAGCAACUUGAGCGUUCCAGGUUUAAAUCCCCGCUUCCGCCAUCCUAGUCAUUGCUGUUUUGUCCUUGGGCAAGAUACUUUUCCUACCUGCUCCCAGUGCCACCCACCCUGGUUUUAAUGAAGCGCUAUAUAAAUAUAAUUCACUCUACUUUACUUCACUAAAAUAAAUCCACCAUAAAAAUGAUUUACUGUUCACAUCUUUGUAAACUUACAAAAUCAGUAGGGCUGCAAAUGUUCCUCACUAUGCUGUAUUAUUUUGUGUAAUUGUGAUGAGCAUUGAAGUGUUGGGACUCAGAGUGGAAUGAAGCUUGCUUUCCCUUGUAUAAUGUUAUUUUAUAAUAUAAAGCUAUAAUUGGAGAAGUCAGUUUUGUUGUCUGGAAAGAAAGAAAUGUGGUGAUUUUUGUAAUACACUAUGUGCUAUGUAUGCAUUUUUAUUAUUUUGAAACAUAUGCCUGUGUUACUUUGAAGUAGGGAUGGGGAUUGUGUUGCCAACUACCUGAAAAAUAAGGAACACCGUGCAGGACCGGUUAACCCACUUUUUUGUUUUUUGCCUUUAUUACUUGACUGAAAGGUGUUUUAUAAUAUUUUCAAAGGCCAAAUGGAAGCAACCGGGCUUUUUUGUUGAAGAUGUUUCAGAAGAGUCUCUUUGCAUCGAUUCAACCUUUGUGGAUUAUAUGACCUGAACACCAACAAACACAAACAUGAUUUUAUACUAUCUGGCACCAACUAGAAUUGAAUUAGAUGUGCAGGUUUUUGAGUAAAAAUUAAAACGUGGGAAAUAGUCAAUUUUAUGAUAUCUGUAAUUUACAAUUUUCCAUACAAACAAAGUGAGUAUGUCUAAUAUAAAGCACUCAAAAUACGGCUCCACUUUUCAAAAUGUGCUAGCUUGAUGCCUUACAAAUCCUACCAAUUAGCAUUAGCGAUAUUACAUGGCAAUUUUAAACCCUCCGAAUUUGGUAAUGAAAAGUACGACUAAGGUGCAGGUUACAAUUAACCAGCUUGUGUGUAAUUAGUAGGAUACUUAGAGUAUAAAUACGUUGUAGGACUCAAAAAAGACAAGACUGGCACAUUCAACUUAUUGGCAAAGACUACUUCCUGACAAGGCAACACACUCGUUCGUCUUGGAAUUGCAACUGCUUGCAAAGUCUACUAGAUAAUACAUAGAAAAGUGUACCAAAAAUUGGUACCGUUUAUUACCGGUAUCUAUUUACAGGUACAGGAAAUCGGUACCAUAUUGGUUAGAAUGUGAAAGGUACCCAUCCCUACUUUGAAUGACUUACUUUUACAUUUAUAUUUGCUGAAGUGUUCAUCUUUCUUAUGUGCACAUUUUCUAAAAGUGUCGUUGGUGGUAUUGUAUCCAGUUAAUAUAGUUUAUUAUUAUCACAAGUAAAUUCAGGCAACUAAAACAUGCAGGGGAUAGAGUUGAAGACGUCCAAAUGUAAACAGAUGUUUGUUAAGUAUAUAAAUUGGUGAGUUGACAUGUAUUGCUGAACCUGAAUGAUGUGUUCUGAUAUGGGGAUUAUAAAAAUGCAGCUUUUAUGUUUUUCAUGUUUCCUCUUUUUAGGGGAAUAAGUGAGCCACUAGAUCACUAACUCUGUGCACUGACUACUAAUCAUACUAAUUGGCUUCAGCCAUCAUUUAAUCAUUGCACUUUGUGUUCAACCAAUGUUUUUGUUUCACAUUGCAUUUAAAAAUCAAAUGUGUCUUUUGAGCUGUUAUUGCCAUAUUAAACUUUCACAUUGUG